GACCAAGGUUGAUGGCCAAGGGGUAGAAAAAAACGGAAACGGGAUGCUUGCAAAAUAUGAAACUGCAGCAUAUAAUAAGAUUAUCUUAGCUUCACUUAACUCUUACAUUUAGUAUUCUUAAAACUGUCAUUGACACCUAAAAGUAAUUAUUUCUUCCCACUUUUAAAAAAUCUGUGAUAAGCACAAUAAUUUGCUAAAACCCAUGUCAUAGCUGAAGUGAUUUACUCAUAGCAAAGGAAUUGCAAAGCAACGUUGUUUUUAAAAUCACACCCAUGCUGCGAUGCCUCCUGCCCCUGUUGCCACCUUUGUGAUGUCAUCUUCAGGCCACCCCGGGUUCCCCUCCGGAAUCCCGAGCCUUCUCCAGCUCCCCUUCAUCAUGAAUAGAAACAUUCCCCGGCCCGCACGGAUGUGGGGUUCUGAGCAUAAAAACAGGCUUCAGAAUGAAGAGAAGAGAAAGACCCUGGUUAUCCCCCUGACAUUUGACUUUCAUCUGGAAUUUGAAGAGGCUGUCGCUGUACCCACAUCUAAGACAGCAUCGAAGAUCAGAGCAGAUAAGUCAUGUGACACUAAGAAACCCAAAAAGUUUAUUUCCCUCCAACGUCAACCUGAACCUAUCAAAAGUGAUUUUGAAAAGUCUGAUUUGAGGCCACAUAUUGUCCCAUUAAAUAUAAAAAAUCAAGAAAAGUCAAAAAUAGAAGAAAAUCUAAAAUCAAGAUCUAGGAGAACCUUUCAUUUUCUUAAGGACACAGCUGAGGCCGAAAAUUCUCAGCAUAUACAAGGAUUCAGAAAACCACUGGGUUCGUCAAUCUUUUCUCCUACACUCAGCAAUCAAUCUAAUGCCUAUAAAAAGGAAAAAGACUCCACUUCAUUUGCAGUCCAACUUGAAAACAAAACCAGUGAACCACUGGCUUCCACCGGCCAUUUGGAAGAUUCCGGAAACGAAAGAACGGAAUAUCCUCCUCCGGGGGCGGACUGGCGGUCAGGAGAAAAUCAGUCAGCCACCCGCUCGGGGAGAAGGGUCGGCCUGCUGCCCCUGUGCUUUGAGGAUGAGCUGAAAAACCCAGCCGCCAAGAUCAUCCACGCGCCCCCGGCGGCGGCGAGGAGCGCACCUUCGCACACGGUACAAGACAACAGUAAACCCAUAAUUUUCCAUGAUACACAGUAUGUACAAACACUGCUUUUGACAAAAAAUAGCUUUCCUGACUGCAUUUUGGAAAAUGAAAAAAUUCAUCCAUGUAAAAGGACAAAUUUUGUUUUAGAAAGAAAUUAUGAAAUCCUCAAAUCCUUAAUUAAUGGUGAAUCUGUUACUCUUUCCAAACCCAAAAGAACAGUGCGUACAGCAGGGAGAAGAGACGUACAAGCCAGAUCUUACGAGAUGGGCCACAGAACCACGAAGAAUAAACUGAAGACGAAAACCAGGGAUCCGACAUUAGAACCCAGAUCUGGGAGUGCACCUCACGACUUCUCACAGACUCUUUCCAGCCUGAGAAGAAAAGCUAUGUAUUACCUUGACGGAACCGCUAAUCAAGAAAGAAGUGCUGCAGCUGUCAAAUUUGGAAGACUAUUUUCUACAGUGAAAACAAGCCCACCCAGAUUCAAUGCCUUACCUCUCAAAAGUCAUUCCAAGCCUUUAAGACAUAUACUCGACCUACGUAAAUUAAACAAUGCAACGCCACUGGAUGAUUUGUUACACCUGCCAAAAGAAAAUUAAACAACUCCCAGACUAUCAUUUAUGCAGCAACAUUUGGGUAACAAGAAGCAAAUAACCAAGGCCUGCAAUCACAGAAGAAGUUCUUACCCAAAUGGUAAUGUUCUGAUGAGUAGCAUAAAAAAGCAAAGCAUAGAAAUCGAAGUUAAAGGUGCAUAGUGGUCUGGUCAACAGCAAUCAACUAGAUUGAUCCGCUGCCCUUGCUCCUGCAGGGAAGCCUGAUUCCUGACCGAAAAUGGUGCAGACAGGCUGGAACAAACAACAUCAACAAUCUUCUGCUAUAAUUGGCUAUCAAAAAAUAUAAAUAUCAUUGAUUUAAUAAAUGUGGAGUUAAUCAUAUACCAGCAUUUUAUAGCAUCAUGGAUGGGAAUACAGUAGGACAUUAGCAAUUUAUGCAAUUAAAAAUGCUUUGUAAACUUU